UAGCUGCAGCAGACUCUUCCUCUAGAAGCCCUGCAUGGGCUGAAGAGGUGCUACUAGCUGAGCCUACAUUACACCUAAGGGGAGAGCAGUGCAGCUCUAACCUACAGGCUGGUCGCUGCACCAAGAUGCGCAAUAAAAUCCAUUGAUAAUAGGGAGCUGGAGGCGUGGAACAGCUUCUCUCUUCCCCACGUGCUGCGUCUCCACGGCAACCGCCGACACAAUGUUCCAUUGGGAGAAUGUAGCAAUUUUCACUUUGAACCAAUGAAAGCCCAGAGGGAUGAUUCAGCAGCCAAUGAGAAGAGAGAUGGGGGGGCAGGCGGUGGAAGGUGCAAAGAUCUACGCGUGAGCCUGGCGGUACCUGGUCGAGCCUGACUCGGAGCCCAGGAGGCUGGUUCAGGCCGUGAGGUGUCAGCUGCCGGUGAGUCUGACUAUCCCGAGACUGAUCCAACGCCUGAAGUUCGGUCAUGUGGGAGAGAGAUGCGCUGCCCGCUCCAAGCUGAGGUGCCGGAACAAAUCGGCCCGGCCCAGAAGUUAUUGAAGGGCUGCCCCAAGGACGGACUCCCGGUUCCGAGCCGAACCGGGCCGUAUAACAUUCUUUGGAGAAAGGAGAUGAGGCCCACUUCAAACACUGCUGACAACAAAUAACUUUCUGAAGGGAAAGGGGAAUCCAGAACGCAGCAGACCCAGGGGAAGGAGAGAUCAGAGGCAGCGCACCAAGAGGAGGAGACUCCAGAAGCCGUUAGAAACAGGUCAAAAUACAGAAAGGGAAAAGCAGCUGGAAUCCACCAGAAACGGGUCAAGCUACCAAAGGAAGAAGGCACCAGAACUCAGCCGAACCACGUUCGGGGGUCAAGGAAAGGAGAGAGUAGAACCCAGCCACCCGUAUCAAGGAGACGUGUAAUUAGGGCCCACCACAGACCCAGGUCUGCUUAUCAGAGGAAGGGAAAAGCAGGACUCAAGAGGACAGAUGAGAACAGAAUGGAUUGAAUGGCGGAAGACAGGAACAGUUGACAGAGUUGAUUGUUGUGGAGAAAACAAGGCCAGAUCAACUUGCUUUGAGGGACUGGAUUCAGCCAAGUGAGUGAGGCUAAUUAGGAGGUGGCUGAGCCAAGGCUAGAGGGGUUUGUUCCAAAGCCUGGUUGGGGUUUCUACAUGUAACCACGUCUGGUUUGUGUGAGGAGCCAGGAGACGGAAGGAGAGAGAACAAAACCAGGCAAUGCCAGAGAUGACCCAGCCCAGCGAUGUGCUAACACCUCCUCCCACUGCCAGCGCUUCCAUGGAUGGCAAUGUAGUGGCCAUCAUCAUAGCUGCAACAGUUGCUUCAUCUGUAUUUGUAGUGGCGAUAUUGGUGCUGCUACUGCUCUUAUACCACCGGGACCCUCUGUGCUGCCAGUUCCUCUGCUCCUGCCGUUUCUUUCAGAGACCCAGCCAAUAUGAUUGUCCUCCUCCAUACUUCAGCAGUAACCAGAGGCUGGUGGGACCCCAAUCAGGAGCACAGCAAUUGGAGAGCCCUGCCGAGAAUCCUGGGGCGCAGGGAGAUGAACUAUUCUGCGUUGGACCCCCCAGCAGCUAUCAGCUCCCUCCCUGGGAGCAGCUCCGCUUGCCAAGCUACGAGAGCGUGCGGAAGAAGGAUCGGCAGCGGGAGAUCCAUCAGCUGAUAGCCGAGAGGUUUGGACUGUGGGUAGACCCCUCCCAGGAGGUGAGUGGAAAGCUGCAGAAGCACAGCAAUGGUCCUAUCCUGUUUGCCUGUAGGCCAUCCCACAGCACUCUGCAGUGCACUAGCAGAGGACUCUGUUCUGUCUCUGCAGUUGCCUUUCUCUGAUAGCAUGUCUCUCUGGGAAAGCACUCCCGGGUUCCAGGAAAUUCCCUCUGGUUACAUUUCUGCAGGUUAAUGAUUGAUCCCUCCCCAUUGCAUCUGCAGAGCGCUAGGAGACGGGACAGGGCUGCCGGGCUGAACCAUCUGUUUGAAGACUGGAAUGUGACUUUGGGAUCUAACAGGAUUCCAAAGUCGUCCUUUCCCCCCACUUCUUAUGCUGGCAGUCCUCCUCGCUGCUGCUGCUCCCGUUGAAUGUCUUUUUCCCCUGCUUGGGCUUGUUGAGAAGUUACUGGAUUGUGAGGCUUUGCCUGGUGCUCACCUUCGAACCCGUAAGCCUCCCGCUCAGUAGAC